GCUCGGGGCCCCGUCGGGGGUUGUCCGGAGCCGGCUGGGCGCCGGGGCUGCCGGGGGAGGCCCCUGUGGUUUUGGAGGAGAUAGUUUUUCGAGAACUUUCUCCGGCCGGGGCUGUGAGAUGCUUGGUGGAGAGCUGCCCUCGCUUUUGGCCCCGGCUCGCGUCCUCUAGGAGUCGCUCUUGCGGCCUUUCUGAGGCGCCCGGAGACCUUCCGCCCCUCGCAGGCCGGCGCGGUGGUCUCUCUCCCGCCGCGGAAGGAAACCGGCGCGCCUCUCCCUGUUGGAAGGCUUCUAGCACCAGGAUGAGUCUGCAGUGGACUGCGGUUGCCACCUUCCUCUAUGCGGAGGUCUUCGCUGUGCUGCUUCUAUGCAUUCCCUUCAUUUCUCCCAAAAGAUGGCAGAAGAUUUUCAAGUCCCGCCUUGUGGAGUUGGUAGUGACCUAUGGCAACACCUUCUUUGUGGUUCUCAUCGUCAUCCUCGUGCUGCUGGUCAUUGAUGCUCUUCGUGAGAUUCGCAAGUACGACGACGUGACCGAGAAGGUGAACCUGCAGAACAAUCCCGGGGCUGUGGAACAUUUCCACAUGAAGCUCUUCCGGGCCCAGAGGAACCUCUACAUCGCCGGCUUUUCCUUGCUGCUGUCCUUCCUGCUUAGACGCCUGGUAACUCUCAUCUCCCAGCAGGCCACGCUGCUGGCCUCCAAUGAAGCCUUUAAAAAGCAGGCAGAGAGCGCUAGUGAAGCAGCCAAGAAGUACAUGGAAGAGAACGACCAGCUGAAGAAGGAAGCCGCUGUGGGCGGAGUCAAGUUAGAUGGCGGCGACGCAGGAGGGAAGGUGGAGGAAGAGAACAGGAGCCUGAAGGCUGAGCUGAAGAGGCUGAAGGAAGAGCUGGCCGUCAGCAAGCAGAAGCUGGAGAAAGCCGAAAACGAGGCUCUGGCCAUGCAGAAGCAGUCGGAGGGCCUCACCAAGGAGUACGACCGCCUGUUGGAGGAGCACACAAAGCUGCAGGCGGCGGUAGAUGGCCCCACGGACAAGAAGGAGGAGUGAGGGGGCCCCUGUUCCCUGCCCGUGGCUGGCUGCUUCGCAAGAGCCCAGCCUCCCUCGGCACUUCGGCUCGCUCCCCUCCGCUGCUGUUUCCCCGCGCUGCUUGCAGUUCCACGCGCCCCCAGCAUUCUGUAGGGGACCCAGUUCCCGUCCAGGAUGAGCAGGGCUUGCUUUCCGCUGGAUUGAGCCCCUUUGUGUUACGUGUUGCUGUUCGCGCCUCCAAGGCCCCCUUUCUCUGGUCCUGCAGGAAGGCAGGUGGAGCAGGAAGAGUAGAGGUUUCUCGGGGCAAUAAAGGUUGUUGUGAUGUGUU